UUACAGUAUAGCAGACAAGAUGGCGAACACAAUUGUGGAAUAUAUGCACGAACAUGGAGGAUACAGAUGCGGAUAUUGUGGCAACCCCGACUCGAAUUUCUCCCAUGGGAUGUGGGCACAUGCGUUAAGUUGUCAGGACUACCAAGACCUUAUUGACCGAGGAUGGAGAAGGAGUGGAAGUUACCUCUACAAGCCUUUGAUGGAUAAGAUGUGUUGCCCAUGCUUUACCAUCAGAUGUGCCGCAUUGGAGUUUAAACCUAGUAAAUCUCAGAAGAAAGUCAUAAAGAAAACUAUAAGGUACCUUGUGUCUGGAGAAAAACCAGACUGCAACAAACCACUUUCUGAAGACCCCACUAAAGUUGAAGAUGAGGAAAUAUCAGCUGGAACAUCUGAACAUCCUGCACAGGAGAAGGAACUACGAAAGAUGACAUCUGCAGCAGCAAAAAUGGCUUCAACAUCAGUAGCUUCAGCAGCUGAAACAUCAUUCAAGUCUAAAAGUACUGAAAGGACUGAAAGGACAGAAGGACAGAACAUGGCAGACCACAAAGUAGUUCAAAACCGAAAGUCUAAUGUUAAGGAGAAAGAGCGAGGUGGUUUAUCAGUGAAAAGAGAACCAAGACCAGGUGUUGGUGCAGACCAGUCAAAGCCCCAGUGCAAAAAGGCUAAGGAACUCAGACGUCAGAAGAGAAUGGAGCGUUUGUCUCAAGCUGGUACUGAUGCAGAACCUGUUGACAAGAAGCAACCGAAUGAGCCAAAAUCAUUGGAGGAGCUUAUCGAGGAAGCUGAAAAAGCUUCACAUGGUCAUAAGCACAAACUUGAGUUCAAACUAGUGCGAUCGCAUCCAGCCAGCAGGGAAUUUCAGGAAACCUUCAAGGAAUCACACCUCAUUUUUGCCAAGUAUCAAAGAACUAUUCAUAAAGAACCUGAUGAUGAAUGCGGGGAAACAGAUUUCAAAAGAUUCCUAGUUGAUUCUCCACUGAGAGAGGAACAUUCGCCUGGGGCUCCGGAAUGUGGAUAUGGUUCUUUCCAUGAACAUUUCAUCCUUGAUGGUAAAAUCAUUGCAGUUGGAGUCAUUGAUAUUCUUCCCAGCUGUGUGUCAUCAGUGUACUUCUUCUAUGAUCCUGACUACAGUUUCCUAUCACUUGGAACCUACUCGGCACUCCGGGAACUUGAGUUUACCAGAUUACUACAUCUGCAAGCACCAAAGAUAGUCCACUACUACAUGGGUUUCUACAUUCACUCGUGCAUCAAAAUGAGAUACAAGGGUCGUUAUAAGCCAUCAUUUCUGCUAUGUCCUGAAGCGUACAACUGGCAUCCUAUUGAGCGAUGUUUUCCUAAGUUAGAAGCCAGCAAGUAUGCUCGACUAGAUGAAACUGAUGCAGUUGACACACCUGUUCAGCUUGAACAUGUGAGGAUCCUUCAUAUGCAGACAGCCAUGCAAUAUCCUGACUACCGAACAUUUGUCCCUCAUGCUGAUGAUGAACAGGAGGUCAAAGAAUAUGCUCAAUAUGUUGGCAAAACCUGUGCUGGAAGAAUGCUGCUGUACAGACAAUGACAAUUCAAGGCAGGUUUUAAAUGAAUAACUGUUCUUAAUACCAAUAGUCAUUUGGGGAUUUGCAAUAGCAGUGUAGCAGCCAAAGAGUCCAUUUAAAAAAAUGGCAGUCAAUUGGAAAUUGUUGGAUUUCACAACUAGAUCCACAAAAACUUGGCAGCACUCUUUAUUGUGAAUUACCAAAAGUGAUUGGAGAGUUCACCUCAAAUCAACACAACAACACAACAACACAACAUCAUCCUGGGCGAACAUGUUGCUCAACUAAUCCACAGUAAUCAACAUAAAUUGAUGGAGCUGGUUUAACAGAGCGGCUUAUUAUUAGCGCUUCAGAAAUCUCUAAAGGUAAUAUUGACGUAGAUCAACUAGCAAUGAAGAUACAAUGAGACAAAGGAAAAGGCAUACAAAGUAAUGAGUUCAGUGUGUGAGAUAUUCAGGAGUAGGUAUGUCAUUAGAAUACAUAUCCAAUUUGGAGAGGAAUGAUACAACAGUUUAGAGAGAAUUUCUUGAAGAGAAAUUGCUUGAGAUGUUAUGUAGGAGUAAUCGACCAAGAAUUGUGUGUGUGGUGCGCAGGAACAAAAAGUAAAGAUGUACUGCAGUGCACAUGGAUUAGGAUUGGUUUGAAGAAACAAAUUAAAGUAAAACGUACUAGUCUUAGAGCAUGUGACUAGUCUUAUUAUCUGGACAUCAACAAUAACGCACAGCUGUUGAAUGUCUUAUACAAACUACAUGGAAAUAUUUGCCACAACUUGGCUAUGGAAAAAAACCCAAGUACCUGCAAGAAAGCACUCUGCCUCUAAUGGGAACGUGUUCCUGUACACUAGUAUGACUUUGACUACUGGGGUUAGUUUGAUAUUAGACUUCCCUUCCUAAAUGUGUUUGGCUUUGAUAUCAUCAAACCUCUGGUUUGUUCAGGAUGAUUGCAUACCAAGGACAUCAAGACAAGUAAUGUGGAUGUCAGUAGUAAAUUGUAAUGAAUCUUCAUCGAAAAAUUACUUCAUCAUUAACAGUUGUGCAAGAUUUUAGAAUGAAUAGCUAUUUCAUAGUCCAUUGAAAUGAAAUAGCACCCUCUGUUGACACAGCUAUCAUUAUCAAGAAACGUUGAUGUCCAGCUGUUUUAAAAGAAACGAUUUACAUCCCUAUAAAUUUCAAUUUGUGGUGAACAGUUUGAUGAUUCUGAAAGGAACUUGUAGUGAAAAAUAAGUUAAAUCUUGUUUUACUUGAAGUUUCGAUGCUAGUUUUUAAAAUUAAUACAUGUAGGUAACAUAGUUUUAAGAUCUACUUGAGUUGUUGGUCAAUACUGCUGUACAGAAAAAAAUUGUCUGUUUAUUUUUGUGUUUUGUGAUGUCUUAAGUUUCAUUAAACAUGAGAGUUUGUGCAUUUUUUACUUUA